AAAGCCGAGUGCUCAGCAAAGGGAAAGCAUUUUAUGUUUACUGGUGCAAGUUGGUUUCCCAAUGUUUCAUUAAGCCUAACGUUGAGGCAUUUUACAGAGAUUAUACACUCACUCAGUCAGUCAGUCACUCAGUCCAACUCUGGAGCACCUAAAUCUGUAAACUGGGACUUUCCACAUUUCACUCAGCGGUUUGAUUCUACAGAAACAACCAAAACUUCGGACAGUUGUUGAUUUUCUUCGUUCGUUCCAAACAUACUUAAAAUUGUCACAUUUUUGAUUUUUUUUUUUUUUUUUGUGGUACACUGCCAACAUAUUUGGUCCUUUAGGAAAAUACUUUGUCCUUUCGUAUUUUGUCACUUCACCAACACUCAGUCUUUCAAGAAGACAGCGGACCUCACUGCAUUCAACACUUGGUGUCAGAAUGGAUGAAAUCAGUCGGUUGUUCGGCACCAUGGAGCGUGUCCGCUCUGACAGCCUUUCCAGCGAUGCCACACAGUAUACAGGCAGUAAACUGGUUCUGCGCCAUCGGCUCAACCAGCUGAUGACGUGCGUUGACGACUUGGGCCCCAAAAACGAGCUGCAUGAGGAUAUGGUCAAGACUCUGGAUAAAGCCUUCCUCCUCUGUUGCAAGAGAGCCAACAAGCCGAAAAAAGACAGUUUCAGGCUACACAUGGUGACGUGGAACGUGGCCACAGCUGAUCCUCCAGAUGACAUGACCUUGCUUCUCCAUCUGAACUCCCCAAAGAGCCCAGACCUCUACGUCAUUGGUUUGCAGGAGGUGUACUCAGGGCCAUUGAGGUUUGUGUCGGACACUAUAUUCGAUGACUCCUGGAGUCACCUGUUAAUGGCCACCUUAGCACCACGGAAAUACGUUAAGGUGUCAUCCAUCAGAAUGCAGGGUCUGCUGCUGCUCUUCUUCUCCAAACUGGAGCACGUCCCCUUCAUCAGAGACAUUCAGGCCACAUACACACGCACAGGCAUUUUUGGUUACUGGGGUAACAAAGGUGGCGUGUCUGUCCGCCUGUCUUUCUAUGGUCACAUGCUCUGUUUCCUCAACUGUCACUUGGCUGCACACAUGAAGUACGCCACAGAGAGAGUGGAUGAGUUUGAGUACAUCAUGGACACACAGACCUUUGACUGUAUAAAGGCUUCAAGAAUUGUUGAUCACAGGUUGGUGUUCUGGUUUGGAGAUCUCAACUUCCGAAUUCAGGACCAUGGCAUGCACUUUGUCCGCUCCUGUAUCAACAAUCAGACCUACAACCUGCUGUGGAGCAAAGACCAGUUGACCAUGAUGAAGAAGAACGAACAGAUGCUCCAGGAGUUUGAGGAAGGGCCUCUGGACUUUCAACCCACGUACAAGUUUGACUUAAACUCCGAUACUUAUGACAGCAGGCUCUACAGGACAUGGUUUGGCUUUAAACAUGCUACCGCCUAUGAUGGAGGUUGCUGGCAGACAACAGCUACUGUGUGCGGUAAGAAGCGUAAACCUGCCUGGACCGACAGGAUUCUGUGGCGGCUCCGACCCAAGGCCCCACCCUCUGACGAGCAAGAUGAAAACAGGGUUGGACCGGAUGCAAAGAAGGUCGGGCAUGUGGAAGAGGAUGAGGAGUACCCGCUGAAGAUCAGGCAGGACUUGUACACCAGCAACAUGGAGUACAGCAUCAGUGACCACAAGCCUGUCAUCAGUGUCUUCACACUGGAGCUGAGGAAGAUGUACGAGACUCCUCUGGUACGUCUGCAGGCAGAGGGCGACUGGAGCGCAGACAUUGAUGCAAUGGUUCUCUACAGCCCUCUGCAGCCGUUCCCCUCCAGUACAUGGGACUGGAUCGGACUCUAUAAGGUUGGAUUCACCAGUGUGUCGGACUACAUCACCUACACGUGGGUCAAAGACGACGAAGUGGCCUUCAAUGAAGAAGUCAUACAGGUAUAUGUUAGUAAAGAGGAAAUCCCUGUGCGGGGAGCGGAGUGUGUGCUGUGCUACUACAGUAGUACUCUGCAGUGCAUCAUUGGAAUCAGUGAGGCAUUCAAGGUCCAUGAGUCCAAGGUAGCCAGUGAGGAAGGCUUGAUGUCUGAGAAGAUCAACGGACUUGACAAAACCAUAGCGAGCGAAAACUUUUUGAACUGAUCUAUCAGUGUGGUAUGAUGUAGAAAUGGAUCUUGCUUGGGCCUGGAUUGUUUCCUAACUUGUCACAAAAGGUGCAGAUUAGGACGUGUUUCCUGUUAAUGCUGUUACACAUGCACACUGACCUCUCUAACACUGCCGGUGUGGUUAUUAGUUACUUACAUUUCUGUGGUCAGUACCUUUUUUUUUUUUUAUUAUUUCUCCGACUGGUCUCUAGGGUCACAUUUUCUCUACAUAUGUUGACCAGAAUGGAGGGUCUGACUGAAAUCAAGCAAAGCAGAAGCUAUGAGCAAUCCUUCAUCAACUGACUUAAAACCUGUUUCCCCCAGAAUGGAAACUCAAAUUUAAAUUGGUCUGAGCGUAGAACAAAGAAGUGCCAGCUUUGUGUCCUGGCUUAAAGCUUAAUAAAAUGACAAAGUUACUAUACUAUGUACAAGAUUGCUUUAUAAGAUAUGACAAAGUGCUUUGAUUGGUUGUUAUGUGUUUGUUUAAUGAGGAAUUUGGUUGCCAGGUUAGACAUAUUGAUAAAACAGAAGGUGAAGUAUGUUGUAGGAUCUGUACAGGCCUGCUGCUUUGUGUGAUCAGUCCAGUGUGUCAGUUGAUGUAAGGAAGCGCUCUUUCAAGGCUGCGUUAGAAAAUCCAAAUAUUUGUCUCCAUGUUUUAAUGCUGGACUUCAUGCUGUCACAGCUGCUUCGGUGUGGCAGAAUGAAAAGCUGGAACACUGAAUAUUUGAGUCUGACUAGUUUGGCUAGGGUGAAAACACCCUAGCCAAACUUCACCGGACUGCUACAGUUAUGUCAAGAAAAAGGGAAUUGCAAAACUAACAAAGCUCAUUUGCCAUUUUUUGUUUUCACAUUAAUUUGUUGUCAGCAAAAUAAUAAUAAAAGAUAACUUUGUGUGUGUGUGUGUGUGUGUGUGUGUGUGUGUGUGUGUGUGUGUGUGUGUGUGUGUGUGUGUGUGUGUGUGUGUGUGUGUGUCAGUCAGUCAGACUACUUGUGGCUCAUUCUCAGCUUGCAGUCUCAUUAGCCCACCUGCACUUUGCAGUUGUUGAAGAAAUAUUCAUUCCCUUUAAAAAAUAUCAAAGCAAAAUUGAGAAAGAUAUGUUGCACUGUUUAUUGUUAAUGUAUAAGUAUUUAUAGGUUGUUAUAAGUGUGUAAAGAAAGAAUAUAAUUAGUUUUUUUUCUUCAAAAAACAAUAUGGUUUCAGCAAGUGCCUUUGAAAUGAUUGUGGCUUUGUAUUUAGUGUACUGUACUAUGCUGCUUAAUUUUGAUACAAAGUGUCAUUAAUAUUCAUCAGAUUAUUUAUCAUAACAUGGCAUGGUUUUCAUGGCCUCUUGCUGUUCCUCAUGAUUAUAAAUAUUGCUGUUCUAAACUUUCACCCACACAAAGAUUGAAUGUUGUUACUGGCUUGCUGGAAUCAAUUAUAUUAGCCAAUUUAUGGUUAUUGGUUUGGUUUUUUACUAAAAAAAUGACCUAUUUUCUGAAAUAGUAAUGCAUUUUAAUGUACUGUAAGACAAUACCAACAAAUGUAUAGCUUUUCAAAUGAAAAUAAAUAACUU